AUGGAGGCGCCUAUGCUGGAGUUCCGGACAGCCGGCUUCAACCCAUAUGCAGUGAAAUACUCGCCCUAUUACGACUCGCGCAUAGCUGUCGCAUCGGCCGCCAACUAUGGCAUUGUAGGAAAUGGGCGGCUGUUCUGCUUAGCUUUGGGACCGCAGGGGAUACAAGUCGAGCGAACGUUCGAUACCAAUGACGCUCAGUAUGACCUCGCCUGGUCAGAGGUCAACGAGAACCAACUGCUGGUAGCAUGCGGCGACGGCUCCAUCAAGCUAUACGAUACGAAUGUUCCCGACUUUCCUGUAAUGAACUUCCACGAACAUAAGCGCGAAACAUUCUCGGUGGCAUGGAGCCCGGUCACAAAAGACACCUUCGCCUCCAGUUCGUGGGAUGGUACGGUAAAGAUUUGGUCACCGGCAAGGAAAGACUCGAUCAAGACACUUCCCGUCGGCAACUGUACAUACAGCACCUCGUACUGCCCCUCGAACCCCAACAUAAUAUCCGCUGUCUCGACAGAUUCACAUCUUCGUAUCUUUGAUCUACGGACACCAAUAAACGCUCAAUACCACCUCGUCAAUAAAAUACCCGUACAUGCAGCACCCCCUGUGCCACUCCCCCCAGGGAUAGCACCGCCUGCAAUGCCCGCCGAGAUUCUGACACAUGACUGGAACAAGUACAAUGAUACCGUCAUCGCAACGGGCGGUGUGGAUAGAGUAAUACGCACGUUUGAUAUUAGAGGUACCACUCAAGGCCCGACAUCGCUCAUGACGGGACAUGACUAUGCGAUUCGAAGGCUAGCAUGGAGUCCUCAUGCCCGCGACAUCUUGAUUAGUGCAAGUUACGACAUGACUGUAAGGGUGUGGACGGAUGGAUCGACCAUGUCGGGACCACACGAGGGCUCUUCGCCUAUCAAACCUGGGGUACAGCUCGGCGUCAUGAACAGACAUACCGAGUUUGUCGUCGGUGUGGACUGGUGUCUUUUCGGCGUUGGCGGGUGGGUAGCGACCGUUGGCUGGGACGAGAGAGUAUUACUCUGGGAUUCAAAUAACCUGAUUCGAGGAAGAGGAUGA